AUGCGCACGGUUAAGGUCGUUGUCAUCGGUGCGUCCGGCGUCGGAAAGACGAGCCUGCGCAACCAGUAUGUCUCCGGACGCUUCACGACGGGAUAUCGCGCGACCAUUGGGGCCGACUUCAUCACCAAGACCCUGCCGCACUAUAGCUCUGAGGAGACCGUAACACUGCAAAUAUGGGACACAGCAGGCCAGGAACGCUUCUCGAGCCUCUCAUCCGCGUUCUUCCGCGGCGCAGACGCCGCGGUGCUCAUGUUCGACGUGAAUCAGCCCGAGACCCUGCACGCUCUCACAAAGUGGUGGGCCGACUUCCGCGAGAAGGCCCCCGUCCCGGAUGACGAGGCGGAGGAUUUCUGCUGCGUCGUCGUCGGGAACAAGGUAGACUUGCUAGAGAUGGCUGCAGAGGGGCAACCUCGUGUCACCGAAGCAGAGGCGCAACAAUUUACGUAUGAACUGAUACCCAUUUCUUCUCCCGUAUCCUCGCCCUCUCCCGCCCUCACAUCGAUCGCCGACGUGCAAUACAUCCCCGAGAACGACAUCAUCGACGAUCCCACGGAGUCACACGACAUAUUCAUCUCUCCGCUCUCGCAUACGGAGCACUCACGCACCAAGUCCAUCGACAUAAUCGCGCGACACACUCACGGCAGCGUCUCAGCUUCGCGCUCGCGCAGCCGCUCGACGCUCUUCCGCGGCGGCACCGUCGGCACAAUGACCACCACGCACACCAUCUACCACACACCUUCGUCGUCCGUCUUUGACCUCUUCGAUACAGCUUUCUCCUCCCCCGCGCGCACUGCUGCGUCCAUCUCCAUCAUCUCUCCUCCGCGCUCCCCGUCUCUCCCGUCAUCUCGCUCGCGAUCCCCCUCCCAUGCCCCGCGCCGUCAGGCUUCCGCUUCGUCUGUUUCUUCCGCACCAACAAUCACGCCCAGCUUCUUCAUGCGUGGACAAACAGCGACACCCUCUACACCUACCAUCAUGAUGUCGCCCUCCCAUUCCUUCCACACGCCACCACCACCUGAACGGCGCCCCAAGCUGUUCUUCACGUCUGCGAAGACCGGCGUGGGCGUUUCUGACGUCUUCGAAUACGUCGCGCGUCGUGUUGUUAUGCGCCGGGAGUACGAGGAGGCAUUAGACGCACGGACGCUGCACAUGCAGGAGUCAGACGAUGCGAUUCGUCUCACUCACCGCAACACGGACCGCCAGCGGCUCAUGGGCUCAUGUUGUGGGUCAUGAUCAAAUUCGAGAGCUUUCUUCGUUAUUCGUAAAUAUUGUAAGAUUUAUUAUUUAAGGAGCGUUCAGUAGAGCUUCAGUAUCAUCUUGUACUGCACACCCGGAUCUCACCUUGUUCGGAGCAUGGAAUGCGUUCUUAUAAUAUCGCACAGGGCACACGUACUGUACAUACAGCCAGUCCACCUAGUCAAAGAACGUCCGGGGUAUCCUAAGUUGAUUGCAUCCAGCGCACAGCAG